AUGGCAGCUUGCAUCUUCCCAUACCUUUAUAAAGUGGGGGACAGUGAGGAACCACUGUCCAUAUACUUCAGUGCUCCCGAGUCUCUGAAGUACCACAUCUUCUCUGCUUUCUCUGAUGCAUGGGCCAUUGCUGCGACGUUUUACUCCAUUCUCCUGUAUGGUGGGCAGACAUACUUUGAACUCAAGCACUUGCCUGUGUCCAGGUUCAUAGAAGAGAUAUGCAGUGGGCACAGGGCACAAAGACCAGACUCAAUUCCUCUGAAGCUGUGGGACAUGAUAGCCCCUAACUUGGAGCGUGAGGAGACAAAGCGCACAUCCAUGGAGGCAUUGGUAGAGCACUUGGAAAACUACGGGAGUAUCCUGGCUUCAGGAUCCAUUUCAAGAGAAAUCUCAGUAGGGUCAGAUCUGGACAAACUGCAUGAGAUAAUGAGUCAGUUCUCUCCCAUCUGCGAGGAAGAUAUUAUAAGGGGCUACCUUGACAGCAAAGGCAACUUCAAAAGGAGUGAUCCACCAAAUGUAUUUCCAGAUGUGUGUGAAGACAGUGUUGAGCAGAAGGAUGACUGCCUGUGUGAGUUGGUGUCAUUCAGAAUGAACCAUACGACCAAGACAGCCCUGUGUGCGUUAGAACAUGAGAACAUACUGCCAGUAAAAGAAAUCAUGCACUACUUCCCCAUGACCACCACCCUGAUCUCCCAGCCUCUUGGUGGCAACAGGACAUCCCUAAUGCAGGUUGCUGCAAGUGCUAGCAUGGACGAUCGCAAGCUUCUCACUUGCCUGGAGCAGGUUGCUUCUGCCAUGGCAUAUCUUCAUUCCAGAAGAAUCAUACACUGCGACCUGCAGUGCCAUUACAUUUACCUUAAUUCUGGUCACCAUUGCCCAGAGGUGAUAGCAAAAGUUAGUCGCUGGGGAAGAGCAGUCUGUCUGCCACAUCCAGGGACAGAUGACAACCUCUUUGAGCCAUAUGUGCGCAAACUUAUGCCGGCUGAUGCAGCCAAGUGGGCUGCCCCAGAGGUGAGGAAUGAUGGGCUCUAUUCCCGAGCAUCAGAUGUCUUUAGUUUUGGGAUUGUGAUAUGGGAAGCUUUGACAGCACAGUUGACCAACCUGCACAUGUUCAAACCACUGAAACCUUUCCGCUUACUGAACUGCAGGGAGGUUCUAAAAUUCACGGAGUUAGGAAAUAUCCCUGGUGAUUUUGGCUUUCCAAAGCUCGCAGGACUAAUUGAGUGCAUGAAGGCCUGUUGGAAUCACAACCCCACCAGGAGACCUGCAUUCUCAGCCAUAUUAGAGGUGAUCAAAGCGGAAAAAACAGCAGCCAGGGACUGCAAGGCUGCCAGGCUCGCAGCAGUGCCUUCUACUGCAGACGCGGAGGACUACAACUCUGUUUACUUCAGCAGUGAAGCCUCAGAGGAGGACUCCUUCAGCCAUAUUUACAACACAGUUGCAGAGUCUGACCCUGAUCUCCCACGGGCCGCGGACAACGUAUCAGGGCAUGGGGAUGUCCCCCAGCUCCAGCUGUCGGCAGAGCAGACUCUUUAUUUCUCCAAGCAAGACAAAUGGGGAGAGAUGGUUAAUGAAUUUGAGGCAAAAAGAGGAAUAGAUAGGAGCCCAGCCACUAUCAAGGAGACUGACUGGUAUAUUGAUACUGGCAUUAACUGGCAAUAAAAAAAAAAAAAAAAAAAAA